GUGGUUAUAAGGUGGUAUUUCAGCUACAGGACAGCAGUGAAGGCCCAGGUAUAAAAUGCACGGCCCGCCACUGCCCAAAGAAGCUUGUAUAAAGAAAUAGAACAGGGCCCAGAAUGCUCCCUUGAGGAACUCCAUAUUAAUGUCAAGAUUAACGUUUAAGCCUCUGAUCUGGCGCCAGGUUUUAAUGUUUCUCUUUCAACCCUGUGAUCAGGGUCUGAACCUGCGGGUCGAUUAUCCGCUUGGCGUCUCAGAAUGCUAUCUGUCACACUGGUGGGGAAAACGUUUUUACCUAAAAAGUCUACUGCUGUGUUCAUUUUCUCAGUCCUGGCCAUUGAUAUCGACCCGGUGCGGUUGGACUGGGCUCGGCACAACGCUACGGUUUACAAUGUCGCCGACCGGAUCGACUUCCUGCAAGGGGACUUCCUUCAGCUGGCCCCUCGUCUCCAUGGCGAUGUGGUCUUCCUGUCACCACCAUGGGGAGGGCCAAACUACCUGACCGCUGAGGUGUUUGACAUCAAGACCAUGAUGCAGCCUGAAGGAUUUGAGAUUUUCCGCCUGGCCAAACUGAUUUCAGACAACAUAGUGUACUUUCUGCCUCGCAAUGCUGACAUGGAUCAGAUCGCCUCUCUGGCUGGUCCAGGAGGGAAGGUGGAGGUGGAGCAGAACAUCCUCAACAACAAGCUGAAGACAGUGACCGCUUACUUUGGCAGCUUGAUAAAGCCCGACAGCGAGUAACCCUACGACACGUGGACCAACGAGGAUUUCUUCCUCCUUUAGUUUUUGUACUUUUUGUAAUUACACUUUUGUCAUAAUACGAGUGUGAAAUCUUUCAGACUGUUAUUCUGUGACCACCCUGCAUGGUUGCGUUAAAGGAAGACUUCACUCCCAAAAUGUUCAUUCAUUUAACAAUGUGUCACCUCGUCUUCCUUGAAUUCUUGAAGAAAACUUUUUUUCUCGCAUGCGUCCACGGUGAAUGGAGAAUCCGAAAAAGGGAGGAAAGUCUAGAUGAAAACACAAUUUUGGAAUAAUCCGAGUCCCACAGUAGCAGGCCGGCACAAGCGUGAGAGCGUUUAUGCCGAAGUGUUUUAAAUAGUAAGGUUUUAGCCAAGAUGCAUGUGUUUAUGAAGGAGACUUUGAUUAUAUUUCAUUACAUUUUGUGGGUGAAGUACUUCUUAAACUCAGGUGUUUCUUAGUUUUAUGUAUUCUUCAGAUUAAAUGUCCAGUAUGUGGGAUACGGCGGCAUCGAGUGGUGAUGUAGCAGAUUGGAACAAACUGAAACUUCUACCGCGUGCAGAACUACAUAGGCCCGCUUUAGAGCCGAUGUAGCUCGUUCAAAAGUAACGAAAACACGAUUUUUAUUUUCAGGUGAUUAUACACAAAAGAAAACAGUCUUGUUGCCAAUAGAUUCCCCCAUAAAUGCUACACACUGGCCCUUUGAGGUAAGGCUUUAAAAAGACUGGAGUUUUACAAAUAACAAUUGAACUCUUUUUUUUUUAUUGUACAUUAGAGCGAAUAAAUAUUUUCCACAA